AUGCUCGUCCAGGUUGACUUCGGGAUGACCACCGGUUACGUGUUCCGACGGGUAUCUUGUUGGAUAGGUGUUUCGGGAUACACAGGCAAAGUCCGUACGGCCCAGUACUGCCCUGCAUAUGGCACGGCCGUUCCUCGGGAAGGUCUAAGGGUCGGUUGA